CACAAACCAGGAAAAGAAGAAGUAAAGCGGCGCAGCACUGUCGCAAAAAAACUCACGUUGACUCAAGUGUGAUGCAGGAAAGAAGUUAGAAUAUUUACUCUGUUUCUUUCCUGUACUGUGAGCCGGUGGUGGUCAUUCAUAAGAGAAAAGGGUUCAAAUGCAGCUCGCUUAGACCCCGCGGACUCCUGUCCCCACUCGGCAGUGUUUGGGCUGUGGGAGUGGGGCCGCGCUCGGUGUUCAGCGUGGACCAUGUUCGUGCUGGUGGAGAUGGUGGACACUGUGCGGAUCCCUCCCAGUGACUUUGAGAGACAGCUGAACGAUGCCAUAGCGGAGGAGCUGAACAAGAAGCUGGCCAACAAGGUGGUCUACAAUGUGGGGCUCUGCAUCUGCUUGUACGACAUCACCAAACUGGAAGACUCCUAUAUUUUCCCCGGAGACGGCGCCUCGCACACUAAAGUCCACUUCCGGUUUGUCGUCUUCCACCCCUUCCUGGAGGAGGUCCUCGUUGGCAAGAUCAAAUACUGCAGUCAGGAGGGAGUUCAUGUGACGAUGGGUUUCUUCGAUGACAUCCUGAUUCCACCCGAGUCUCUUCAGCAGCCUACUAAAUUUGACGAGGCAGAGCAGGUUUGGGUCUGGGAGUACGAGACCGACGAGGGGGCGCAUGACCUCUACAUGGACCAGGGAGAGGAGAUCCGUUUCCGGGUGGCCGAUGAAGUCUUUGUGGACACGUCGCCAACGGGGCCGGCCGUCGCCACACCUGACGCUCCAGCCCAACCCGGACAGUCGACGGCACCGCCAGCGGAGGAGAGUGGGGACAAAAAAGAGGCUCCGUACACUCUGAUUGGGACCAUCUGUGAGCCAGGACUGGGGCUGCUGUCCUGGUGGAGCAGCUAGCGGCGGCGCAGAGGAGGAACAAAGGGAUAUUUGGGCGUCUGUGAGCAGAUGGAGCGCUGCAGCUGAUCUGGAGACAUCAGGGACAGCAGAAAUCUGCCGCUUUUGUUACAGGAGCAGGGCUGCGUUCUGGACAGAGCCACGCUGGGCUGGAGGGACCAGCUGACGUAGACGUGUCAUGCUGACUUCAUUUCUUUGUACACUGUGCUCCUGUAUGUAUUUAUUAACAAAACAAUUAUAUUAAUUUGACUCGUAGGGCAUAAUUUUCCAAAAUAAAAACAAUUGAAGCCAA